AUGUUGAAGAACUCUAAAGCCAUGAAAGAGGAACUCAAACGUAAGACAAGAAGCUCUGAUACGCAUACUACGAUGGACAAGCAUGACUACGCCAGUGAGAACCGCUUUGGUAUGUUGGAAAUUGAUGAAGAAUUUUCACCACUCCCCGACUCGCCAGUUAACAGCCCCGCGCCAAAGAAAACAUGCAGUGGGGAGAAAGAGCCUUCAUUACACGCUAUCCUCAAAGCGGUCAACGACAGAGCAGAGGAGGUAAAGGUGCUUAUCAAUCUGAAUUCUGAGGACAUUAAAGAGAUUAAACAGUCGAUUGGGUACUUGCAUGACGAGAUUGAUGAGAUAAAGAAAGAGAAUAAUGCAUUGAAAACAACGUGUGGAAAGCUAAAGACUGAAAUGGAGAAUCUAGAGGAGCGUGUUGCUGAGGCUGAACGAUAUAAGCGCAGAUGGUGCCUUCGCAUGUACGGUCUGCCUGAACAUGAUGGAGAAAACGUGAAGGAGAAGGUCAUGACCAUUUGUCUAAAAGUGGUUCCUGCGCUCGGACAGAAGACAUCGGAGGGGAUUGACGUAGUUCACAGGCUGGGAAGGCGUGAUGCUAACAAGCCCAGAGGGGUCAUCAUUCUGUUCGCUCUCCGCUCAUUAAGAGACGAGAUCUGGAGAAGUGCAAAAAACAACAGCUAUCUACGAGACAACAAGUUGCGCUUUGGAGAAGACUUAACUAAGGAAGACAAGGACGCCAGAGCGGCGCUGUGGCCCAUCAUCGAGCAGGCCCGUAAAGAUGGUAAGAAGGCAUACUUCGUGGGACGUAGAGGAUACGUGGAAGGCAAAGAAGUUCGACGCAGCGUUCCUUCCUGA